AUGACAAGUGGUAUUACAUAUUUGGGUAGCGGCACUGUAGAUGUAGAAGAUGAAAACAAGGGUGAAAUUUUUGAAGGUACAUGGAGAAGAGAUUUUUUAAUGCCAAGUAUCGUUAAUACCGGAUCGAACCAUUCAGCUAGACAAGCUAGAGAAUUGCGAGAAAGAUACAAACAUUACUUCACUCAUGAAGGUGCAGUUCCAUGGCAAGAUAGAAUGAUCUACUAA